GCUGUAUUCGUUCGGUCGUUGAUGCUAAAGGAGAAUCUGUAAAGAAUAGAAGUACUUUUUCAGAUCCAAACGGAUUAAGUAAAGGUAAGAAGUUUUUUGAUAAUGACGGCAGAUAUUAGGAGAAGAAAAUUGGUAGGAAAAGAGGGAUUUAUUGCUUAAGCAGAGUAAUCGUGGAAAACAAAAGCUAAGUCUCUUUAAGCCUUUAAUUAAAGUUCGUGCAUGUGUUGUGAAACGGUGCAUGCUUGUCAACAAACAAAUUUCGGUAUUAGCGACUGCCUUCUAAAAGGAUUCAUUAAACUGAGCCUUUUACAAGUUUGUUGUAUGUAAAACACGAUCGUGAAAAAAUUGUCGUUCAUAUUUCUUGUCAUUAGCAGAAACUCUCCGAAAUACUCCGCCACAAAUCUGGUGAUAGCGACAACUUUUCUUUGUCGAUUCUUCGAUUAAUAUAAAUUGCACGGCCAAUGGAACCAGGUUUUGUAUUGCCUUAAAUCUCGGUGAAAACUUGUGACGUGUGGCUGUUAUGGAAAGAUGAUUGAAAGUUUGCUACGUGUGUAGAUUUGUCAUUUCUAAUUCAUUGUAUAUUCUCAUCACCAGACCUUGAAUAACACUUUACAACAGUCUCUUCAAACAACUUGGUAUAACUUAAGUGAAUAGCCCUGAUUCGUUAUCUUAAAUCCUUGCCCAAGCACAAAGUGUGGUGUUGGUAAUUUUUUGCUUUACUUGUCCGAGGUAAAACACUGAAAUUAUUCACUUCAUGUCUUUUUUAGUUCAUCUACAGGCUGAGACCGGGGCUGAUCGAUACAAGAAUAAAAUGGCCGACUAAUCUCGUGCGAGACAUCCACUCCGCAAAUAUUGAGACAGUAAUAUCUCACUUUAGACAGGCUAUUAAUUAUAAAACCGCAUGUUUCCGUUUCAUUUUUCGUUAAUUUCUUCUUUCAUUGCGGAAUACAGUAGUUUAAAAGCGUCUAACCCAUUCUGGCGUCAACAAAACACUUAGGGCCGUAUUGAUGUAUGCAACAGUCAGCCCAAUAUCAAACAUGCCCAAACAUUAGAUAUUGGAACAGAUAAUUUAAGUCAAGUCAAACAGAGAAACGGACACAAUCUUCUUCCAGCUAAAAUAACACUUGUAUAAACAAUUUUACGGGAGAGUUGACAAUUGUACUUGCAGUUUGAACGCUUUCCUGAUAUUUGUAAUUUUAUUUCACGUUAGGUAAGACAACGCAACUUAUUUUUAUGAUCAAUUAAUUUAGCAGUUUCUUCUCGUACAUGUGCCUGAACUCUACCUAUGGCCCAGGUUUAGGUAAGUAGAAGCCUCUAGACUAAGUGACUACAACUCAGUUUUAUGUCAGACACAACCCUGUACGGUAUGGUUGCAUUCAGCUCAUACACUUCGGCUACUUCUCUCUUGAACAACGCAAUAAAGAUAACUAAGAAAAAAACAGACAGUUAAUAAACUGGGAAAAUAAGGGUUCAGCAACUUUGAAAAUGCCAAUUCAAGAGAAAAUCUUUUACUAUAUGUCUCCUGGAUGCCCCAUUCAUAUUUACAAGAGACUACGUUUAGAGGCGAGUCAUUCAAGGGUUCACCCGCACGAUCCGAUCAGAAGCAGUUUACUUUCGGCCAGUUAAGACUUCUCUCGCUAUAGAUCGAUGAAAUCUAGAGCCGUGACGAUUGAAGUGUCUUCAGUAUUAACUGUCGAGUCUUGAAUGCAUCAAUAGGCCAUUAAACCGUGGAGUUCGUCUCACUGUUUAGAAAAUACCGCCUCCAUAUUAUGACCGGAACUACGGUCGUGUACCAUUUUUGUUUCUUACAAACCUGGACGAAUGCAGCACUUGUAUAAACCACUCUGGUGAUAUUGUGUGCUUGAUUUACCGCCGCGAGAAAUCGUAUUUGUGCUGAUGCCGUUAUUUUAAAGACCUGUAUGUCUAGUCAAUAGAGAGCCACGCUUAUGCGCGGAAAGUCUUUGUUCCAGAAGGACUGACACCAUUUUUCCUCUUAUUUCUCGUACAUGUGCUAAAGAGAUCAUUUAGUUCUUAAUACAGAAAAAAAAUUCUACACAUCGCCGAAAUGAAUUGUCGCAUAUGAAAUCGAAGCUAUUGUGGCCCUUGGAAUUCAAGUUAAGUAUUCACGAACGGCGCACAAAAAAUAAUUACGGUAUAAGAGACUCUAGAGAUACAAGUCUCGUAAAUUUAACUAUCAUCUCAGUUCAAUAGGAAUCCUCUAUCGCAAAUAUUCACUUCGCCAGCUUUAAAACGUCAAUUGAACGCUUUGAAAAAAAAUUCGUAUGGUUUAUUUUCCCCAAAGGGUUAAGCUUCUAUAUUAAAAAUACAUCGUGUUUUUUGUUGAUUCUACUUGAGGGCGGAAAGUUCUUAACAAGGUGGAUCUAUUUUUAAUCAAAACAAGGCUUCGAAAAUAAGGUCUUUGAGCUGGUAACUGAAUAUUGGUUGAAACUAUAGUUUUACAACAUUAAAGCGCGAUGAAAAAUCAACGCUUAUAACAGCCCCGAGCGAAAGCGAGAGAAGAAAAGCACCGCAAACAUGACUGUGUCUAAAUUGUGAUUUUCGAAAAAUAUGUUUGUUCCGGCGUGCAGUUCACGUCUUUUUCAGUACUUCUCGCCAUUUCUUCCAGAACCUAAAAUCAGCAUCUUCAACAAAGAAAAGCAAAAAUUCGCCGAGAACGUGUAGCUUUAAUAGAGAAACAAGAGUCGCGUGUACGCGUGGCCGAAAGACGCGUUCGCGCGCGCUAUAUUCUAUGACGCACAAAGCACAAACCUCGAUUAUUGACUUUGUGUCACUCCUGGGGAGCCAACGCGUAUUAUCGUCUAUUCUUUGUCAAGGUCGAACACCACCGUCACGCAAUGAAAUUCUCGUCUAUAAUCGUGCGAGAAACUGCUCAGUUGAUUUCCAAACCCUUUCAUUUAACUCUACGCUGAUCCAUGGGGCCGUCAGGAAAGAAAGCAAAGUCGACGGAGCUUUUCCGACACUGUAUAUUCAAUCCAGUCUCCUGCGUGCGAGGCGCUAAAAUAAUUUCCGUGUGUUUUCUGUGGGAGAUAAACUUCUGGUAUUCCUGGAGGGCGGUCUACUCAAUGAACGCAAAGCUCAUAGCGAGCGAACUCAGCUGGUCAUGUAAAAAAAAAUUGAAAAAAUCAUGUUAUUGGUAACUCGUUCUUCCUUCUCAUUUAUUGGAGACUCGGGCCAAAAAAACUCCUGAAAUCAAUUUGUUAUUUUCGCCGUCCAAGGUCCUUGAUACCCCAAAACAAAGGCACUUGCGGUGUGGACCCUGCUUCCGUAGAUUUCUCGCAUAAUCUUGAACUCGGGGGAGUUGGAAGUGUCAAUGGGAAGAAGCAGAAAAUUUUAUGUGACCCAGAUGUUCUCAUGGGUGUCAACCUCUGUUACGACGGCUUGCUGCGACUAAAAUUGUUUGAAUACAAGUUUUAUUGAAACAGCCGCAAAGAUUGAAAGCGCUCUGUGGGGCGCUUUGACGGUGGGGGCAAAAAUACUACGUGAUGAAUGAGACACCCAGUGAGGUGGCAUGGAGCAUGCGCCGCCGGGCCCGUAAAUGUUCUCAGUCGGCGCACAAGUGACAACAUUCAGAACCUUGUAGUGGCUCCAGAGAACGGAGGGUAUACACUGUCUCUUUAGUUUUCUUCCGUUACAGGAGCGCUCCCUGACGGAACAGGCGUUUCGAUUCCCAACAUGGGGAGCGAAGAGUUCAACCACUGUCGUCCGUCAAUCGUCGUGAAAGCGGAACCUCUCGACAGUGGCCCGUUCGAAUAUACCAGCCUGUCUGAGACAGAGUCUAGGGUUGUGUUUCGAAAUUAUUAUGAGGUACACACGGACGGGAACAUCAUGGAAAGGACGAGCUCCGUGGAGUCGCUGCACAGUGAAAGUGAGAGUGAACAAGAUGUAAGCGCGCCGACUGAUAAGAGUGAACGGUCGAACGAGCCGAGUCCGUGCAAUGAGGUGAAAAGCGAAUACUUCUCGUUCCCGGCUUAUCGGGCAGAUUGGAAACCAAACACGUCCGGCGCGGACGAGGAAGAUUCAGAAGACGGUGAAAACGAGUGCGACCACAUGGAAGAGGACAGCAGCGCUUCAGAGGAGGUGCGCAAAUCACCGCAAAGCAAUGAUUCUCGACAGACUUACUCGACGAGCUCUGCGCCUCGCGAUAAUAACUCGAGCGGGAAUGUUAGUCGAGACAGACAGGACAUUGUCAUCCCGGGAAUACCGUCAAACACGCACAACGGGAUAAAUAUAGUCUUCCACAAGCACUGCAAUCUGAAUAUGGACACUCCUGGAAAACUGUACGGCAGGGAAGCGUACUCCCCGAGCGAAGGAUAUCUAACUCGCGUGGAGAGAUACGCGCAAGACUUACCUCCUUCGCUCGUGUUCUCCACGCAAACAGAGCCACAGAGUUUGAAUGGCGUUUGCAGCCAUCUUGAUGUUCAGGAAUCUCGUUUGUCAAACUACGAUGCAAAAAGCCCAACGUUGCGUUCAUCUGUUUUAAUUUGUGAAUGGAUCCAGUUAGAGAAGAUGGUUAACCAGGUCUGUGGUAUAGGUUUUUAUAGAAUAGAGGAUCUUGUAGCGCAUAUCACUGAUGUACACCUGAUCUCUGCCACGCCCGUGGGGUUCGUUUGUUGUUGGAAAGAGUGCAUGAGAAAUGGAUUGCCCUUCAAGGCAAAGUACAAACUAAUCAAUCACAUCAGAGUUCACACGGGUGAAAAGCCCUUUACGUGCAAUCAGCCGGGCUGCAGGAAGAGCUUCGCACGAGCGGAGAACCUGAAAAUCCACGUUCGCACGCAUACGGGCGAGAGGCCGUUCGCGUGCGAAUUCAAAGGCUGCGACAAAAGAUUCGCGAACUCCAGCGAUCGCCGGAAACACAUUCACGUUCACACGCUGGAAAAACCGUAUCGCUGUAAGUACAUUGGUUGCGACAAAAGUUACACGCACCCGAGUUCUCUUAGAAAGCACAUGAAAGUUCAUGGCUUGAGAUCUGAGGAACAUUUUAAGGUUGUUCAUGGACUUGCUUUAGGAGCCCCUCCGGGUAUCUUUCGACAGAGAACCGACAUAUGAACUCAAAAAUUUAUUCCUAAAUUUCAUGACAUUUGGAGAUCAAGUGCUUUAAAAAUUUCGCAAAUUUCUGGAUUCAUGCUUGUUCAAGAGAAAAAGAAAGGAAUUUUUGUAAUAAAAUUUUUCAGACAUUGAAAUCCGACAGGUAUCGCCUUGAAUGGCUUUCUCUCAAUGUGAAAAAUUCAAAACAAUUGGUACAUGUUCCAUUUGCUUCGUUUUGGCUCAGUCUGAAUAUAAACUCGUAAUUGGAAGUUACUUGUUUAUAACGUGAUCUAUGAAAUAUUAUAACUGCAAGAACUGAUUCUACAAAAUAGACCGAUUUAAGUCUUGCUGAACGCCACCAAUUUGACCAAUUUCCUACAGUGGGUUUAAUGCUGUUUUGGCCUGAUCUGGCUCAUGUAUUGAUAAAGCCUUGCAAAUUUAAUUCCGUCGCGUCGUUCUGAGAUAUAUUUAAGCGAAGACACCCGCGUUUUGUUUCGUUUCCAUAAAAGCCCUGAAACUCAACUGAAUUGGCCUCUUUGAUCACAACAAACAUUUUUUAUAAGGAAGAUUAUUAACAGGUUUCGGUUAAGAGAGAGUAUGGAAGUGUCUCUUACAGUUUUAAAAGAAGCAAAACUUAAGAACUAAUAGCCUUGAAAUUGAUUGUAACUGACUUAAGUUGGUUAUCAGCCAUAACAUCAAGUUACUCUUCGCCUUAUCACGUGAAAUAUUAUUGUCUAUGAAAAUAAUGUCACGAGAUGGGCUCUAUAUUUCAAAACGUUCUCUGAAGAAAGUAAUUAAUAAAAUGAAUGCAAUAACGCAUUUUACACUGUACAUGUAUGCCUUCUGCGAUUUACACCGUUUAAUGAUACCAAACAAAAAAAUCAACGUUGUGCUGGCUAAAGUAAGACAAAGAUGUAAGGUGUAAGUACUGGGCCUUACAGAAUUCUUUAAUCAGAACAAUUUGCAUUAGAAGAAGUUUAAAGAGCUCUUUUGAGAAAAGAAAAUUUCAUCAACUGAUUUGACAUUAGAAAAUUGGCCCUGGUCUAAGCUAAAUGUAUGUAGAGGCUGAACUUUUAGAGUGAAAAUACAUCACAAAAAAACUAGGCAAGGUUUUGGCUAGUGUGGAAAACAUGACAAAAUCGAUGGCGAUUAUUCGAAUUUCGUCAUUUAAUUUCUCUUUUAUCGAAUAACUUGUUUAGAUAGAAGUAAUUUCCCGAGUAAAAUCACAAUUGGUUUCUUUCUGUUCUUGGCCAAAGUCCUUUAGUGUAUCAGCCAGAAUCAGUGACCUCAUUCGGAAGCAAGAGGGAAAUUACUGACUUAUUUGGAUAAACGUGAGAAUCAGAAAGAGCUAUUUUACUUCAAAGAACACUUUUUGUCCUUUUCUUAAUUUUAUUUUGAAAAUAACCUGGGAUGAUUCGUGUCAAAGCAACUAAAUUAAUCGGCAAACAAUACCUAAGUAUCGAGGGCACUUUAUCCGGCGCGUUCGGUCAGCUCUGCGUUUUGCCUUAGGCUGAACGAGAUUUCUGCCAAUGAUGGAGAGAAAUUUAAUGACUCUUUAAGCCAUAGUAAUGGAUGUUUGGCUAUCGCGAAGAGAUCGCGUGACUCGCGAGUCAUUGUCGCGACACACGCAAAACACUUCACCAAUGGGGGUACAUUAUAGGGGAAUAUGAUAUUACGAGUUGUCGGCUUCCGGGCUUUACCGCCCACCAAACGCGCGACGGGCAACCUCUAUUUGUCGACGCGGAGAGAUUUUAUCGUAAUUCCGUCGGUCACGGGGCGAGUCUAAAGGGUUUUUUUUAGCUAAAAAUUACCUCGAAUAAGGCACAGGGAUACUGUGAACCCAACAGGCAGAGCCAAAAUUCUCAUCUCCCGCUUAGAGCGAUAUUGCGUUUUGUUUACACCUUUGCCUUGGGAAUAAAUUAUCGCCCCGGGAGGCAAGCUGUCAACUGCUGAGUUCUCAGUCAACACAAGGUUAUUAAUUUGGCGGGAGGUUUGCCGGCCGAGCCAAUGAUUUCGUCCCAUUACGGCCCUUCGGAAGUGGUCUUGCUAUCUCCUUUCAUGUGAAGAAAACAAACUCUUUGCUAGUUGACGCGUUUGUCAGACGUAUAUCAAAUGAGACAGGUAUAAUUUGUCGCUUUGACAGCAGCCAUGCUGGAAGAAAAGGUCGGAAUAUUAGAAAUUUCACAAUUUCCUGCAACAGUUUGACCACCUAGGAAGAAGCGUGCAUAAAAUGUAAUCGGUUGUGUGUUUACGCGCAGGUUGUGAAACGGGUAGUUGUGUACCAUUGUAAACCGUUCAAGUUUUUUUUUUCUUCUGCUCUCAUUUUCGUGCCAUAUGCUUUCAUUGUGUAAGGAAAGCACUACGGCUGGUGUAUAUUGGCCAAAACCAAAAAUUCCUUUCAGUCUUGCCCGUUUUCAGUUGCAUGAGCAGGCUAGUAAACAAAGAGCCCUCUGGUUGCUGUGACAGGCGUAUAUUGCGCGGGGAGGGAAACCCUUGUUUGCAAGCAACAUUCUGUGACUGCAAGGGGGGAUUUUACACUUUGCGCCGUAGUUAAAUUCAUCUGCCGCUACAAUAGCAAGUUUACACGAAAAAGAAGAAUAAUCGGCCAUAUCGGGAGCUGAACUGCUAAAUAUUUGAUAACUUGAGUGUUUUCGACUCAAUUAUUGCUACGAUUAAUUUUGUAAGUACCCACAAAAAGCGCGAUAUUUCACAAAGCACGACAUAAUGCUCCUCUGCGGGUCAGUCGGUCGACAAAAGCGUUACCACUAAUUUCGCAAGGAAAAUAUAGCUUAUCACUUGUUUAUCACUUUAAACCUAUUUAGUAAAACAUAAUUAUAUUUUAUCAGUAUCCGGUCUGCGUGUUAAGGGAGAGUUUUGAAACUGAUGUGUCUGAUAUUGAUAUAUUAAUGUUUCUCUUACGCAAGGCAAGCUAACAAAUAAUAAUGAAAACAAAAACAAAAAAAAACGUGGUUUAAAAAUUGUCGAUAAUUUUAGUUACCGUAAUGAUACAAAGAAAACCAGCCAAAAGAAGAUAAUUAAGCGAUAAAAAUCGAAAACAGAACUAGCGCUGCAGUCAAUGAAACUUGGUUUAACGAACCUCUACACGUAAACGGUACGGAACAGAACCCGUCUAUACCGAAAUUCUUGUUUUCGGAGCCCUAAACGUACUAAAAUCUACGCCCCAAUAUAGCGAAUAAAUGUCCCACAAGCCAUGGGGUGAAAGAAAGAUAAUUCAUGUAUUCCCUCCCCAUAAUAGAGCACACAUUUUUGCGGAUGCAAGCCAAGAAAGGAGGUAAUAUACC